AUGGAACCUCAGGGCGUUUAUCCUUUAGACUCAAUUCCAGCAACUUCAUCCUCAAAUGAAUUCAUCACCCAUUCUGCUGGUACUGGUCACAAAUACCCAGACUUCCAACCAUGGAUACACAAUCCCAGAGAGGAUAUCCUCGCAGUGAACCAUCUACAAAAAGGUUAUUAUGAACCACCUCAUGUCGCUAAUGAGUUAUUAUCUGCUCGAAAUAUAAUGCAUCAAUUAUUAAGAUCCAAUAAUUCCUUGGAUGAACUUUCCUCAAAUUUACUCAAAGCAAUAGACGUUAGGUCAAAUAACAAUAAAAUUGGUACAAGUACUUAUAAACCACCUCCAAGAGUUACAUUAACUGAUCAAAAAAGAGAAUCUUGGUUAAAAGAUUUAGCAUCAAGUGAUGUUCCUUUGAGAAAAUUGGCUAGAACUAUACCACAUGGUGUUAGAAAUAAAAGUCUUUUGGAUCAGUGUGUUUUGAAAAAUAUACCCAUAAAUAGAGCUAUUUGGUUUGUUCGUUGCGUGGGAACUAAUGAAUUGAGAGGUUUGAAAAGAAAAGGUGGUGCAAAUAUAGAAUUUAAUUGGAUACAGGAAUGGACAUUACAAGUUGUUGAAUAUAUUGAAAAAUUAUCAAUUGAAUAUUUGAAAUAUGAAAGUCAUUAUAAUCAAGAAUCAAUGAAAAUAUGGAAAUCAAAAUUAACUUAUAUUUUGAGAUUCACUGGGAAUCUUUAUAUUGAAAAUUUGAUUGAUAAGGAAAGUUUCAAGAAUUGGAUUAAUAGAUUUUUCAAAAAUUGUAAAAAUUUUGAAUUACCAUUAGCUUUAACAUUUAUAAAGAUUUUUUGGAGUGAUAUAUUGCAAACUGAUUAUUUAAUCAAAGAAUUGACUGAAACUUCAUUGCUUCGGUAUCAACAAAUA